GUGACUGUGAUAGUGCCAUGUACAAUCAUCAUAUACAAUCCUAUAUAUUAAUAUUUGGCUUUAAGGGAUUUUUCUCAACUGCAUGCAGAAAAUUUUUCCGGGAAAAUAUUUGGGUAUGGGAAAGUGUUCCUUUCAGGACUCUCUAAAAGCUCUGGAAGCUGAUAUUCAGUAUGCUAAUACCCUGGCAUUAGGCCAUCCAAGGGAUAAAGAUGGAGGAUGCUUUCAGAUGAGGCUAUCAUAUAGUCCAGCAGCUCCCAUUUUUCUCUUUCUUGUUCAGUGGACAGAUUACCGCCUGGCCGGUGCCCUGGGUUUGCUGAGAAUUCUAAUUUAUGUGACUUAUGGAAAUGGGAACAAUACUAUGUCAAUAUAUGAAAGGAGAGCAACCAUUAGACAAUUUUACACGGUUAUAUUUCCUGCUUUAUUGCAACUUCAGAAAGGCAUCACAGAUUUGGAGGAAAGGAAACAGAAAGAAGUAUAUGCUCUUAGAUAUCAAAGGAGGAGCGAGUUCAGAGAUAGAAGACAAUCUGAAAUUGACAUUGAAAGGGAAGAGGAAUGUGGAGUUUGCUUGGAGGUGAAAGCAAAAGUUGUGCUGCCUAAUUGCUGCCACUAUAUGUGUUUGGAGUGCUACAGAGAUUGGUGUCUGAGGUCUCUGUCUUGCCCCUUUUGCCGGGAUAGCCUGAAGAGAGUCAACUCUGGUGACCUUUGGAUUUACACAGACAUAAGUGAUAUUGUUGAUGUUGAAACAAUUUUCAAAGAGAAUUGUAAGAUGCUGUAUCUGUACAUAGAGAAGUUGCCUCUGAUUGUUCCAGAUCCCAGACAUGUGUCCUUUGAUCCUUUUCUUAGGUGAGGGUUACCUACAGGUUUUGGAUACAGUGUGUAUGCUAAUAAUUAGUUAUACAUGCAUUUUAGACCAUGAUUUUAUUUGUAUAUAUCUUACUGUCUUGCUCCAAUAGGCUUCAAAUGGGUGGAAUAUGUCUAACCCAAGCUAAGAGUUCCAAAUUCCAGUAGUCUUUUGUUCCCAACCACACGGUGAUUUUGGUUAUUCAGUUAUAAUAAUGAACCUAGUUUUAUUUUAUGAAUGAAUGGCAAUUUUGAUCCAACCAUGAUUUGUACUUGCGCCCCAACUAGUCAAUGGCACAUCCAUUAUCAAUUAAGUGUACAAAAUGAUGUGGAAGUGACAAUCAAGUCUAUCCGAUGUGUGGGUUCCACCCACUUGACAAGAUUCUCUUUCAUGAUAUUUUUAUGAUUUUUUAAGUAUAGCUCAACCGCAAGUAAAACUGCCCCUCAUUGGACCCAACUUUGAUUUUAAUGCCCAUUUUGUUUUGUUGUGCUCCCUUGCCCUCAUCCAAAAUGAGUGAACCAAAUAAAUGUAGUGCUACUCAAAUUAAAGGCACAAAAUUUAAUUGUUUCUACAUAUUACAAAAUAUUAACAUGUAACUAUAAAAUCAGACUAUAAUUGGCCAUGCUUAAUAGGCAUAUAAUCUACAUAAUAAGGCCAAGAAUAACUAUCUUCUUGGGGAGCAUAAGCAUAACCUCCUUGGCUUGAGAUAUCAAGCCUAGCAAUUUGCUCAUCUACAGGAAUUCUCAGAGUAUCAAGCUUGGGCAAGGCAUAGAAAAUAAGGCCCAUUGUUACACUUGCUCAUCCCAAGAUUACCAAGAUCUCAAUCACUUGGAGUCCAAUCAAUCCAGCCCAUAGGGUCUUGCCACCCCUUUCUCUCCUGAAUUAUAGGCUUGGAUCACAAACAUCCCUUUGGCAAACAAACAAACAAACUCCAUGUACCACACCCACCAUGCAAUUGGGCUGCCUCUAAUGGAUCAUCAUAGUUCAUUUUUAGUGCCAAGGGGAUGGAAUUGCCAUAUGCAGAUGUAAAACCAAAAAGAUAGAAGGAGAUGCUACCAACCACUGCAUCAACUACAUUGGUGAGCAUUAUGUUCAUGGCAUUUUUGGCACGCACAGAGCCUGCAUAUAUCAUGGCAAAGCCAAUCUGCAUUAAAAAGACAACGUACGCUGAGAAGAGAAUGUAGAAGACAGCGUAGGCUGAGAAGAGAAGGUAGAUUACAUUGAUGGAAUAAGUGACACUUUGUUUCCAUGAAACCUCCAUGAGUGAGGGUGAAGUGGAGCAUAUAGAAAUGGGAACAUAUAUUAUUUGGUGGGUAUGAUUAAAUUUUUAGGGCAUAAACCUUUGGCAUAUGUUUGGAUUGGCACUGAAACUGAACUCUAGAGUAUUAUUAAUUUAUAUUAGUAAAUU